UGUCAACUAUUCAACAUGGAGGCGGAGGUCGAUAAGCUGGAACUGAUGUUCCAGAAGGCUGACUCUGAUCUGGAUUACAUUCAGUACAGGCUGGAAUAUGAAAUCAAGACUAAUUAUCCUGAUUCAGCAGGCAAGAAAAAUCCUGUUACACUCUUAAAGGAAUUGUCAGCAAUAAAGUCUCGAUAUCAAACUUUGCAUGCACGCUUUAAACCAAUUGCUGUCGAGCAUAAAGAGACUAAGAGCCGCAUUUGUGCUACUUUCAAUAAGACUAUGACCUUGAUACAAGAACUACAAAAGCAAACAGACCUGAAGCUGUUACCACUGACUGAAGAAGAGAAAACUGCGGCAGAGCAAUUAAGAGCUCACAUGUCAGACUUAUGAUGAAGAAAUGGACUUGCAAAAGGGAACUCUAAUGGGGAAGAGAUCAAUUCCAGAGAGAUUUAGGAAGCUGUCUUGUUAGCACUUGAUGACUGUGGUGGGGGGAUGACAAAGGAGAUUUGGCUUGGGUUACUGGAUAGUGAUGCCUUCCACAGAGAGGGGAAUACAAGAAGAAGGGCAGAUAUUGUACUCAUAAUGUUCAGCCAAAGGGAUGGAAUGGAAAUAAAGAGAUUUUAAAAUAUAUAUGCAUAAACACUUAGUCUUGUAAUUUCAGGCAAGUAAGUCUCAACACCAUUUUGUAUGUUUUUGUAUAAUCAGGAUAACACAGAUGUCCUGGCCUACUGUAAAAGAAAAUUAUGUACUAUCAGUCAGUCAAAUGUGAAUGAACAUGCUUUGGAAAUUAAAGGAUAG